AUGGAAGGCCAAAAGCUUCGUAUUCUCAUCGUUGGAGCCGGUAUAGGCGGUCUCACCGCCGCGUUGGCAUUGAGCCGCGAAGGCCACGAAGUCUUGGUGUUCGAGAAGUCAAAGUUCGCCGCGGAAAUUGGUGCAGCCAUUGGGCUAGCAGCAAACUGUACCUCUAUCCUGCGAAAGAUUGGUUUCGAGCCGGAGGAACACGGGUCCAGCAUCUGCAAUCUGUGGACUAUGUACAAUUCGGCUGGCAAGUGCUUCGUCAAGCAGGAAAUUCCGUCCAAACUCCAAUCGGAGAGGUUUUACUUCAUCCACCGAGCGCAUCUCCACUCAGCCCUUAAGCACCAAGUCCUGCAACAAGGAGAUACCGGCGGCGAGCUGGUUCAGCUGCACCUCAGUUGUGACAUUACAUCUCUAGAUAUCCAGAACGGCCAGCUGACGCUGUCCGACGGACGGAAGCAUCAUGGCGACGCGAUUAUCGGCGCUGAUGGUGUCCACCAUUGCUACCGUUGGCUAUCUCCGAGGAGCACCAUGGCCGAUGACAACCGAACAUCGGAGUAUGCCAAACUCGGUAUUUCCUUGACGGAAUGGAUGGGAAAUGAUCGCCGUAUCAUCUGCUAUCCUUGUGCCGAUGGCGAGAUGUUGAACCUGGUCGCCAUUGUACCGAGCGAAGAGGUGGAGGCGUCUGCCAUUGCGGAAUCUCCUCAGGACAAGAAGAAGGGGAUGCUGAAGUCGUUUGAGACUUUCGGUGACGGAGCCAAAGCUGUUCUGGAACAGGCCCCCGAGGAAGAUCUGAAGGCGAUGCUUGCCACCCCUUCACACCGUGGCGCUGCAAUGGCAAUUGAAGAUGCUGUCACCCUCGCUAUUCUGCUACGGCGGGGCACUCUGGCAGAACAGGUCCCAGAGCGGCUCAAGUUGCUGCAGGUCUGUCGCAAAGAAAGAGCUGACCGCAUUCAAGAUUACGCUCGUAGAAAUGGACAAGAUGCAAGCGACUCGCAAAGAGGCCAGCCCACUCAUAGCCAAUCUGGCGACAAGAAGACAGUUGUGUGCAAAGGCCGUUUGGACGCUUGA